AUGGAAUCCUUUGCUUACGGAACCAACAAAAUGGAGGAGCUCUUUGAUUAUGGACCCGACCUGCUCUCUGACCGAGCGUCGUUUCAAGCACUUAUCGAUGAAUUAUAUCCAGCAGACACAAGCAUGCAACUAGAUGUUGAGUUUAGCAGCCGUGACACCUCGCCUCCAGGUCCUGACACUCCACCAUCGUCUUCCGGCGGCGGUCAGGAAGACGUUGCUAGUCUGGAGACGGGACACGAACAUCAAGCUUUCGCUCAAGGAGCACUGAUGACAGAAAUGCUUGCCGGGAUGAGAGGAUCCACACCCACCGAUCUAAUGAGGGCAGGCACAAACACUUACCAUGACUUGAACAUGAUCGAGUCAUCCUUUCAAGAUUCUUAUCUGGGGCUACCAUCAUCUUCGCAAUAUCCGCCAAGUCAAAUGCCAGCCUACACCUGGGAGAGCUUCCCCGAGAGACCUCUUCAAUACGGGGCAGUUUACGGCACCAACUUGUCCUGGACUGACCCUGCUGCCAUCAACUUCAAUAACCCAGACCCCAGUUGUUAUCCAAGUGGUCAAGCAUUCUUUGACCCAACAGCAUUCAUACCUAGAUCCAUGAUGACUGUUCCUCAUAAUUCGUUCCCUCAGAGCACUACCGACGGCAUUGAGCGUGGACUCGUCGCCGCACAAGAACCGAUGCCUCUCAAUACUCUCCAACCUGAUGAUGUGAUAAUCAGAUAUCGCCAGCUCUCCUCGCCGGAAGCCAUGAUGGUAAACACCGGAUAUCAGGUCAACACCAGUCCGUCAGUGCUUAUCGGGCUCGACAUGUCGGGUCAGCCAGUUAUAAAUACCAGCCAACAGCCUGCGACGUCUCUUGUAACACAGCAACAGCCCGUUGUGGUCGAAAGGACGCACACCAGUCCCGUAAAAGAUACUGCCAUCCCCGAGACAGCCGAUCUGCCGAUAAGAAACUACCGCUCAAGAGAAUCAAUCAACUCUCGAUCUCCAGAAGCUGCACGGCGAGGCAUAGCAUCUCAACCAUCCUCAUCUCGUGGCUCAAGUCCAAGACCCAUACACAAAGGAGGGCGCCAAGGUGGUCUCGACGGCAACACACGAGCCCAUGCCAACCAAAUGCGAAAGCUAGGAGCAUGUUGGAUUUGUGCCUUCCAACGUGAUCAGUGUGAUCCAGGAAGCCCCUGCACCAGAUGUCAAGACCGAAGCAUUAGAGGGUCUUUACACAUGUUGCCUUGCUCACGCAUACAUCUCCAAGAGCUGGUACAUCAGUUCCUUCCUGCCACUAUGAACAAACAACAUCGCCGCGAGGAGAUCUUGGCGUUUGCAAAGAAGAGUCUAGGAUCUUGGAGACAGGAUGCUCCUAUCCAGGUUCAUUUGACUUCUCUAGGCUUGGGAAACUUUUCCUGGGAUCUACACGAGUACGAGCCCUCUUCUCAGGAUUUGUUGCUGCAGAAGCGAUACAAGAUGGGAAUCGCUGGAACAUGGCAGCGUAUCGAGAAGAGGUCGCCCCCGUUGGCAGUGAAACAAGUCAACUUCGGGCAUAUGCACAAGUUGGAAGAAUAUGUGGACAACAUCAUUGAUCGACAUCUUGCGAUGUUCCAGCAGCAGAUUUACUACGGAGAAGAGGACUCUACCGCGGCUUUCCAGAACGAGUUACUCCAAGCACUGUGCAGUCUCUACACCAGCUUACCCGACGAAGACGAUGACAAAACACUCAAAGGUGACCUCCGUCACGUCCUGCGUCUGCAGAUACUCACAGCUAUAAUGGAGCACCCCAUCACCAUUUCUUCUGCCACUCUCCCCACCGUUAUCGCCUCCAUGACCACCCACAACAACCCAUCGCUCUACACAUCUUGGACAUCUCCGUUCCUCGCAAACCGCCAGCUCAAAUACUACUUUGCCGAAAUGCAAACAUUGCAAUACAAUCGCACACUGAACCGCCUCCACCAAAUCCUCCGCAAAGCAGGCGACAAGAAUAAACUCUGGAUGUCGAGCUUCGUGCUCAUGCUAGGCAUUGCCAGCGUCCUAGAGUCAUGUCAACAUUUACUGUGGAUCAAAGCCGAUGCCAAAGUCUCUCGUGGAGAAACAUCGUCAGUCGAUGCAGCUUGGGAGGCUCGAAGUCAUUGCGCAGAGAUGGAUGAUGGGUUCGAGUUUUUGUGUAAACUCUAUCAUUGCAAGUACAGAGGCAAGCAUCGCCAAAAGACCAGAUAUGAGGAGUUGAAGGGGAAAACGACGAGGGUUGCAGAGCAAGUGUUUGCGGAUAGGAUUUAUGAGAUUGUGGAUAGGAAUGGAGGCUACCUUUUGCAUCGUCAAAACCUUAUCGUCAAUGGUAUGCAAGACAAUAACCACGCUUCGAGAUUGGUAGCCAGGUUUCUGGUAGAGUUGAUGGGACUGACUCAGUCGUCGCCGUGA